AUGAUUCAGGUACUACAUAAGUUGACAUUAAGAAAGUCGAGAGGGAUCUUGCUUGUGUUUGGCAUAGUGCUUAUACAUAUUCUAGUUGUAACAUAUUUCCAGCUGACACCCCUUCAAGAAUACAUAUCAAAUGUUAGUAUAUCCAAACUUCGGAAACUACUAGUGGGACAAGACAGUUAUAAGGAUAUUUCCGAAUUUGAUAUCGAGGUGGUGGACCUUGUUCAAAGUCAAGAAAAACUCCUCAAACAACAAUCAAGCCAAGGAACAUUCGACGACAAAACUCAAAAACAACUUGAUGUCACUGAACAAGUGUUGAAGGAAACAACUUUCAACAACGACAACUCGUUCCAUGUCAUAAAUAUUCCAUCAAGAGAUCAAAUACCACAAUUUCAAAUUUAUGACCCUCGGUUUACUUUUGGGUUAUUGCUAAAGUAUAUCAAUGCUAAUAUCAAUGAUCAAGACCAGCAACAAUUGCAACAUCAAAACUUGACCAUCCCAUUCUUUCACUGGGCAGACUACACUGAUAUGUCUGUCAUGGAAGACUACUUGUUCAACCCAGAAAAACAGUCUUGCAAAUAUUUUGAUGCCACAAUAGACGAAGCAACCAAUAAAGACCAAAAGAUAUAUGAAACUAAAGACUACUGUGUUGAAGAUGACGAGAUUAAUAGAAUCUUGUUAGAUCCAGAGGCUCAACAAAAUUACCCUCCUCAUGUUAUUGCUUCGUUUCAGAGAAUAAAGCAUGAAAGGGAAUCUUCGCCUGCAUUAACUACCGGUUUCCACAUCUAUGACAGAGCAGGAAGAAAUAAACGAGAGUUACGCCCAAUCAUUGCUCGUUCAUACCUUCACGACUUUAUGCCGUCGCCAUUGACAAUGACUGUCUUGUUGCCCGGAGAUAAAUCAAUUCAAUUCGAGGUCAAUCAAUAUGAUCGAAAGAAGUUGCGAGACUCAGAGUUGUUGCAAGAGGGAGAUGUCAACAUAAAGGAGCAAAUCACUUCACUUGCCAACAAAUUACCUACCCGUAUCGAAGACUUGCCAUUUGAAAAACAUCUUACACCAGAACACUUUGUUGAUAAAACGGCACAUAAAGUAAUGACUUUAGAAUCACAAAAAUCGCCGCUUAACCAAACCGAUCAACAAUAUCUUAAUUCACUUCGAACCUCUUUGAAUACCCAAGAUGCACCAAAGUAUUUCUAUGAAGCCAACAUUAUGAAAUCCGAAAAAGAUUUCGUACAAGGAGGUCAUUAUGAUUGGAGAUUUAUUAAUGGGAUAAUUAAUGAUACGCCAAUGCAGGAGGUUUCAAUAAAUGGAUUACUCAAGGCUUUUCUUAGGUUAACAAACCAGUACAAUAUAAAUACUUGGAUCGCCCAUGGCUCAUUACUUUCUUGGUAUUGGAAUGGGUUACAAUUCCCAUGGGAUGCUGAUAUUGACGUUCAAAUGCCCAUACAAGAUUUACAUAAAUUAUCCCAGUUGUUUAACCAAUCUAUUAUUGUUGAUUUCGGAAACGAUUUAAACAGCGAAAUGAGAUUUGGUCGAUACUAUGUUGAUUCAUCUACAUUCAUUUCCCAUAGAGCUAAAGGGAAAGGAUUAAACAAUAUUGAUGCUCGUUUUGUUGACUUGGAUACCGGAUUAUAUGUUGACAUAACUGCAUUGGCACUUAGUGAUGAACCAGCACCCGACAGAUACAACAGUUACUUGGCAGAUACAGAGUACGAUCGUAACAAGGGCGAUAAAUCAAUUAGUCAAAUUGACCGCAAUGCAUUUUUACAAAUUUACAAUUGUCGAAACAAGCAUUUCUCAGGAUUUAAUGAACUUAGUCCACUUCGAUUAAGUUCAAUCCAAGGUGAUUAUGGAUACAUCCCCCCAGGAUUUGAAUCGAUGCUACUUGUUGAAUACAAAGAAAAGGGAAUUGCCAGUACCGUCUAUAAAAACCGUGUCUACUUGCCUAAACUACGCCUAUGGGUCUAUGAUAAAUCAAUAACGGAAUUUGUUGAAAAAUAUGUUAAAAAUGACGGUGGUGGUGAUGACAAGAUGAAAACCGUCAAGGAAGGUGAUGUCCAACUCAGGACAUUUAACUUGACCAAUGAAGAAUAUAUUGAAUACAUGUAUCAGAAUGAACCAGUAAUGCAAGACUUUAUUGCCUCGCAUGAUGUUACUUCAUUGCAUAACUUGGAGAUCCAAUCUUUGUUGGAUAAAGUAUCAACCAAGGAUUUAUUUGUUAAAUACGGAACUGAUUUGUUGAGUGAUGACGCCACAAGAGCCAAUUUGAGAUUAGAUCAUUUUGUUUAUAAACUGAGAACUGUUGAAGGUGGAUAUGAUUUCAAUAAUGAGUUAAAGAGAUUAAGGGGAAAGGUUAGAGAAGUUGAAGUGGCUUGGAAGGAGAAGCAGGAGGGAACUAGUGAAGAUAAACCAGUUGAGGUAGACGGAGAUGAAAUGAAUAAAGAUGGAACUGAAGCUUGA